AAGACGAAGUACGCGAACAGCCAAACACAAGCAAAGCAACCAUUUUGUUAUACAACAAAGGAUUUUAUCAAAAUGAAGUCUUUCUACUGUUUGGACUUUAUCAUUUGUUCGACUGUUGUUGUCGUGGCUUUAGCUGGAUUUUCCGAAGCUGAAUUGGAUCAAAAAAACCGUCGCACCGCUGGUGGACCAUCCGGACUCAUAGCCUUCCCCCGCGUCGGGCGCAGCGAUCCAAACCUGGUCAAUAAUUUGCAUGAAGCUGACAUCUCAGCGCUCGGCGACGGCAUGUAUCCCGCCUCGUUGGAAGACUAUGAAGUUGAAUAUCCGAAAAGUGAAAUAAAGCGCGCCAGCUUGAUUGCCUUCCCACGGGUGGGACGCACCGAUGCGGAGUUAAGAAAAUGGGCGCGUAUUAUGGCAUUGCAGCAAGCCCUGAACAAGGGCACUGGCCCCAGCGCUACUUCAGGCCUAUGGUUCGGCCCACGUUUGGGUAAGCGUAGCGUUGAUGCACAAGUAAAACAGCAACAACAACAACACAAUUCAAAGGCCAGUGGCCAGAAAGAGCUUUAUUAGGCUAAAGGAUAGCAACAAAAA